GUGAUCUGACUCCUUUGGUAACUUGCUUUUGUUAGCCAAUGCUUGGGAAGAGGAAGAUGAAGUCGUUCUGAUCACUUGUCGCCUUGAGAACCCAGAUUUAGACUUGGUCAGUGGAACAGUCAAGGAAAAGCUUGACACUUUCUCAAAUCAACUGUAUGAGAUGAGGUUCAACAUGAAGACUGGUGAAGCUACACAGAAGAAAUUAUCUGCACCUGCUGUUGAUUUUCCUAGGGUGAAUGAGUUCUACACUGGCAGAAAACAAAGAUAUGUCUAUGGAACCAUUCUGGACAGCAUUGCUAAGGUCACAGGAGUUGUAAAAUUUGAUCUGCAUGAUGAACCAGAGGCAGGAAAAACAAAGCUUGAAGUUGGAGGAAAUGUUAAAGGCAUCUACGACUUGGGACCUGGUAGAUUUGGUUCAGAAGCUAUCUUCGUGCCACGUCAACCUGGUUAUUCUUCCGAAGAAGACGAUGGCUACUUGAUACUCUUUGUACACGAUGAGAAUACUGGAAAAUCUUCAGUGAAUGUUGUGGAUGCAAAAACAAUGUCAGCAGAUCCUGUUGCAGUUGUUGAUUUACUCCAUAGAGUUCCAUAUGGCUUCCAUGCCUUCUUUGUGACAGAGGAACAACUUCAAGAACAAGCCAAGCUGUAAUCAUAUGAGGCCCAAGUAGUCAAAUCUCUUCAGUUGUUGGAUACUAUACAAAUAUAUAUAUUUAUAUACACACAAAUAGAUGAGUACAUUAUUGUUUAACUCCAUCAAAUGCGUAUAUGGUUCUCUUCCCUUUUCAUGUAAGCAUAUGGUUGGUUUUUUGUUCUUGGUAUUUUUCUAGUUUAUCUCCAA